UCCUAUACCCCAUCAGACUCUGACCCAGUUCCUGAAAGACUUUGGAGACACAAAUGUUUCAGAAUGUACAUUCUGGAAGCCAAUGGCUGCUUCAACCACUGACAAUUUUGCUCCUGUUUGCUUUUGCAGACAGGCAGACUGCAGGUCUCCCGAAGGCUGUGGUGAAACUUGAGCCCCCAUGGAUCCAGGUGCUCCGUGAAGACAGUGUCACACUGAAAUGUGAAGGGACCCACAACCUUGGGAAUGAUUCCACCCUGUGGCUCCACAAUGGGAGAUCCAUCAGUAGCCAGGUCCAUCCCAGCUACACAUUUAAAGCCACAGCCAAUAACAGUGGAGAAUACCAGUGUCAAACGGGCCAGACCAGCCUCAGCGACCCUGUGCUUCUGAGAGUGAUUUCUGACUGGCUGCUGCUCCAGACCCCGCAACUGGUAUUCCGGGAAGGGGAAACCAUCAUGCUGAGGUGCCAUGGUUGGAAGAACAAACCCCUGAACAAGAUCACAUUCUACCAGAAUGGAAAAUCGGUGAAAUUUCAUCAUCACAGUGGCAACUUCUCCAUCUCCAAAGCCAAUCACAGCCACAGUGGUAAUUACCACUGCACGGGACUUCUAGGAAAGACAAAACACUCGUCGCAGCUUGUGACCAUCACUGUCCAAGGUCCAGCGACUGCACCCAUCGCCUCUCUGCUUUGGUACCACGCCGCUUUCUGCCUAGUGAUGUGCCUCCUGUUUGUAGUGGACACGGGCCUUUAUUUCUGUGUACGGAAAAACCUUCAACCCCCAGUGGAGGCCUGGAGGAAAACUCUGUCAGUCAGAAAGUGUCAGGCUCCUCAGGACAAGUGACAUCUCAUCGUAAGGGCGGCAAAUAGCAGUGGCAGCAGCAUCUUUUCAGCCACCCUGUUGCUUCUCCUGCAGCCUUCCUUUUAAAAAAGCAGCUUAGAGCCAGGCCUGACAUGUGGUCCUGCAAUUACAGUUACACAGGAGGCUAUGGCAGGCAGAAUGAUCACCGGUUCAAGGCCUGCCUAGGUGCCAGAGUGAGUGCAAGUCUAGCCUGGAUAACUUAGUGACAUCCUGUUUCAAGAAAAGAAGGCUGGAUAGGGAGUGUGCAGGUUGUGUUUAGAUGGCUUACCAAAAAAGGGCACCUGUUGCUAAGCCUGCCAACAAGAGCAGAGUUUUAUCCUGGGGACCCACACGGCGGAAGGAGAGAACAAAUUCCUGAAAGUUGUCCUCUGACCUCCACACAUCCACCACGGCAGGUGCACCUUCUCUUUCUACAUGCACACACAAAAUAAAGACAUUAAAAUGUACUUUUUUUGUUUUUGUUUUUGUUUUUUUUAACAAGAAAGGGAGAGAGAGAGGGCUGAGGCUUGGUGGCAGAACUAUUAUUCAGUAUACAUGAUGUCCUGGGUUUGACCUCCAGCAAUAAAACAAAAACCCAGUCUGGGCUAAGGAUCUCCCUUUAGUGACUUGCUUGUUCAAAAUAAUGUAAAAGCCUUCCCUUGUUCUAAAAGGAAGUCUAAUGACUUUUCAGUGUUCUCCGAGAUGAUACCACAUGAUCUUGCCACUCUGAUCUCAUUUCCUUCUCCUUUUCCUUGCUUAUUCUUGGUCAUUUUCACUCUUCCUCGGACACAGCACCUAUAUUUUAUAUACCAUCACUUCUGUUUCAGGGAUGUUCUUGUUUACAGAGGCCCACAUCCUGUUUCACCAUGCAAAGUAUAAAUUGUUCCAGGCAAAACUCAGACUGAGGCUUGACGCUCAGGGCAGUGGUGCUAGGAGGCAGAGACCAAUGGGAAGCAUUCCGAUCAUGAGGGAUGCUUGUAUGCCUCCACAGACGCAUAGAUUGAUGCUCUUCAGGAGGAAUCGCUUAGCCAUCUCGCAGCUUAGCAGCUUGCAGUCUUCCCAGGACCCUUGCUUGCUCUUGUACUUCUCAGCCAUGCACAGAGCAACACAAGGUCCUCAUCAGGAGCCAAGUGAAUGUGACCAUCUGAACUUGGACUAAAGUCUCUGUAACUGUGAACUAAAUAAACCUUUUUCUAAAAAAAAUAAAUAAAUAAUAAAGAACCUAGUAGCAUAUGCUUUA